AUCUCAGUCGAGGGAAGCUUGCAGAAGAGCAAUACUUCAUCGGUGUAAUUUUUGUGCUUAUUUUUCAAACAAGCGGACUAUAUAGCAGUAUGAAGACCUGCAGUUUUCUUGUAACCUUUUCGCUCGCCAUUGUUUUGGUGAAUGCGUUUAGCACUGAAGAACAUGUUAAACGCUUCUUCCGUCCAGAGCACAGACCACUUCUGCCAGCAAUAACCAGCUUGCAACUCCGCGAGGAUGAGUCUUACAGGGCACCCGCUCCAUUGAACGACGAUUCCACCAAGUGCUUAGCUCAUUGUGAGCCAGAAUGCAAAAAGUUGCAAGUGCCAGAUUUUCUAACGAAAAACGAAAGCUUCCACAAAUUUGAAGCAAUGCCCAUUAACUGCGUGCUGGCCUCAACAGUUGUCUUUAACAAGACUCCACUGUACAGAUGCCACUUUCUUCAGCUUUACCUGUUUGACUGCUGUAGGAAUUGUAAUGCUGUGUACGCCAAAUGCAUGCUCCGAGUUGGACUUCUGAACGGAGGCCCAGAAUUCUGUUACCGUGAAUCGUACAAGUGCAUGUGUCAUUGCUUGGACAAGCACACUCCACCAGAAAUCCCUCCCUUCCCUUGAUGUACUACCGACAGCUGUGAGGAACUCUGUACAAUUUACUGCUCGAUAAACUCUUUACGGUAAAAAAACACUUUACGCCGCCGCGGAUAUACACAAAUACGUGAAUGGCGGUACAUUUUUUCUGCAUUUUUGUGCUAUCUAGUUGUAUCUCACAAAGCUUACACACUUGCAUUGCUACAAAUUGUUAACUGAUGUGAAAUAAAAGUAUCAGUGAAAUGAAAA